CCCGGCCGGCUGCCGCAGCGGGGCCGCCAUGGGGGGCCGCAUCGAGUGCGUGUUUUUCAGCGAGUUCCACCCCACGCUCGGGCCCAAAAUCACCUACCAGGUGCCCGAGGACUUCAUCUCGCGGGAGCUGUUCGACACCGUGCAGGUGUAUGUGAUCACCAAGCCCGAGCUGCAGAACAAGCUCAUCACUGUCACCGCCAUGGAGAAGAAGCUGAUCGGCUGCCCGGUGUGCAUCGAGCACAAGAAGUACAGCCGCAACGCCCUGCUCUUCAACCUCGGCUUCGUCUGCGACGCGCGAGCCAAGGCCUGCGCGCUGGAGCCCAUCGUCAAGAAGCUGGCGGGGUACCUCACCACGCUGGAGCUGGAAAGUGGUUUCAUCUCUAAUAAAGAGAGUAAACAGAAGCUGGUGCCUAUUAUGACCAUCCUGCUGGAGGAGCUGAACGCCAAAGGAAAGUGCACCCUGCCCAUAGAUGAGUCAAACACCAUCCACCUGAAGGUGAUUGAGCAGCGGCCAGACCCCCAGAUCGUGCAGGAGUACGACGUGCCCGUCUUCACCCAGAACAAGGAUGACUUUUUCAACUCCCAGUGGGACCUCACCACGCAGCAGAUCCUGCCGUACAUCGAUGGGUUUCGGCACGUUCAGAAGAUUUCUGCUGAAGCAGACGUGGAGCUGAACUUGGUGCGCAUCGCUGUGCAGAACCUCCUGUACUAUGGGGUCGUCACACUCGUCUCCAUACUCCAGUACUCCAACGUGUACUGCACCACACCAAAGGUCCAGGACGUGGUGGAUGACAAGUGCCUCCAGGAGGAGUGCCUGUCCUAUGUCACCAAGCCAGGGCACAAGAGAGCCAGCCUCCGUGACGUCUUCCAGCUGUACUGCGGCCUCAGCCCCGGCACCACGGUGCGGGACCUCAUCUCCCGCUACACCCUGCAGCUGCAGCGCGUGGAUGAGAGGAGGCUCAUACAGUUCGGGCUGAUGAAGGGGCUCAUCCGGCGGCUGCAGAAGUACCCGGUGAAGGUGGCGCGGGACGAGCGUAGCCACCCGGCCCGGCUCUACACGGGGUGCCACAGCUACGAUGAGAUCUGCUGCAAGACAGGCAUGAGUUACAAGGAGCUGGAUGAGCGCCUGGAGAACGACCCCAAUAUCAUCGUGUGCUGGAAGUGACGGAGCCGGCCCGGCUGGGGUGGCUCCGGCAGCAUGAGUGUGUGGAGAAGCUGAACAUGCACGCCAUCCUGAGUGCCUCUGCCGGCCAGGAGCAGCUCCUCAUCGAGCUGCUCAUCAGCCACGCCAAGGUGAGCACAGGGGGCGGCUGACUCUGCCAAGCCCUGAGCAGGCCCUGCUGCUCAGCCUCGUCUCUCAGCCUGGUCCUGCUCAGGGGGAAAUGUGCCGGUGGGCACCCUGAUUCCUCUUGAGCCGGGCUGCAGAUGAGCUUCUCCCACGUGAGCAGUGCAGGUGGCCAUGAUUUGCCCCUCGCAAACAUUGUGGUCCUGAUACUUCUCACUGGGUUUCUUCUUUGUGACAAAGCCAUGAACUGUGCAGUCGGGAGAGUUGGGGUGUACUGCAGGUAGCGGGUGGGUGCAGCAGGGGGCCAGGCCUCUCAGCCUCCAGCUGCAUCUGGUUUUGGAACAAACUGUCAAUGGCGAAGAAUCUGCUGGCGAAGAUGUGAGACUGAUGGCUUGCCAUUGUUGCUUUUCAAAAAACAUUAAAAGCCAAGCUG